AACAACCGAAGCACGGUCGAGAAAGGAGCCAAGUUUGAAUUUAGUUUGCUUCAAGGCAUCACGGAGAUCAGAUCAUGUCGCGGGGAUCGGUGUUACCACAAUAUAUAGCCGGAUUAUCGGCCAGUUUUGGUGCCUUCUGUAUGGGCGCUAGUAUUGGCUGGUCCUCACCGGUUGAGACCAUGAUAACAGAGGAUGAUGCAUAUGGCAUGGCAGUAUCCUCAAGCCAAUUUGGCUGGGUAUCCUCAUUGCUGACAUUAGGCGCGACUUGUGUGUGCAUACCUAUUGGUUUCAUGAUCGAUUGGAUUGGACGAAGACCCACAAUGUUGGCGCUCAUACCGCCCUAUAUAGUUGGAUGGAUUUUAAUGAUAUUCGCCAAUAAUUUGGCCAUGUUGUAUGUAGGACGUUUCAUUUUGGGAAUGUGUGGCGGAGCGUUCUGUGUGACAGCACCAAUGUAUUGUACGGAAAUCUCAACGACUUCGCUACGUGGCACAAUUGGUAGUUUCUUUCAGUUGCUUAUUGUGUCCGGCGUCUUGUAUGGUUACAUAGUUGGUGCCUUCUUGGAACUUUUGACCAUUAAUAUAUUGUGCGCCAUUUUACCAAUAAUAUUUGCUGCUGUACACUUUUUCAUGCCCGAAUCGCCAGUUUAUUUGGCCCUUAAGGGACGGCAAGAUGAUGCUGCAAAGGCUUUGCAAUGGCUGCGUGGUAAGGAUGCUGACAUUCAGGACGAAUUAAAAGAAAUCCUUGAGGAAACGGAAAAAAACAAUGAGAAAGAAAAAGUCAAUAUUUUUGCGGCCCUUAAUCGUCCGUUGACCCGCAAAGGUUUGGCCAUAGCCGUCUUGCUGCAAAUGUUCCAACAAUGGACUGGCAUCAACGCCAUUCUCUUCUACUCUGCAUCAAUUUUCCAGGAAACUGGCAUUGGCAUAGAUGGCAAAUAUUGCGCUAUUUUGAUUGCUGUCGUUCAGGUUGUGACCACUGUGGUUGCCGUACUCAUUAUUGACAAGGCUGGACGUCGUAUCCUUCUUCUUAUCUCGUCAUUCUUUAUGGCCAUCACAACAUGUUUGAUGGGUGUUUAUUUCCAAAUGCAGACCAACGAUCCGACUUCAGUGGAAUCUAUUGGUUGGCUUCCAGUAAGCAGCAUCUGUAUCUUCAUUGUGUUCUUCUCCAUUGGCUUUGGUCCAGUGCCUUGGCUAAUUAUGGCUGAGCUCUUCUCUGAGGAUAUCAAGAGUGUGGCUGGCUCUAUUGCUGGUACGAGCAAUUGGUUAUCGGCUUUCCUGGUGACCCUCCUGUUCCCCAUUCUGAAGACGUCGAUUACUCCGGGUCCCACAUUUUGGAUAUUUACCGUCAUCGCUGUUAUAGCCUUCUUCUAUUGCAUAUUCUUUGUGCCCGAAACGAAGGGAAAAACUAUUCUUGAGAUUCAACAUAUUUUGGGAGGUGGAAAGGCGGAGAAACCCGAAAAAUCAGAAGAGCAAAAAAGUUAAAUAUCGUCGACUGAUUGAGUUCAAGAAGAUUGCCAAAGAGCACAUAAUUAUACGUUUAAUAUGUAUAUAGUCUUAGUCCAUAAAUAAUAUUUAAAAUUACUAUUUUUUUGUAUUUCUUUUGUAUAUCUAGUAUAUAAUCAAACCUAUGUAUUUAUAAUGUAGAAUUUCCGAUAACCCAAUUGUACUAUAUUAUAUACAUAUGUAUAUUAGAUGUAUGUACUAGUACUUGUAAAAACCAAAGUUUUUGAUUAAAAUAAAUAAUCUUGAAAAAUUCCAA